GGCCGCCCGGAAGUAGCGCCUGGGGAGGCAUGCGCUGCGGCGAUGGCCUCCAGCAAACGGGUGCUGUACGUAGGUGGGCUGGCGGAGGAAGUGGACGAGCGGAUGCUGCACGCGGCCUUCAUCCCCUUCGGAGACCUCACCGACAUCCAGAUCCCGCUGGACUACGAGACCGAAAAACAUCGAGGCUUCGCUUUCAUUGAAUUUGAGCUGGCUGAGGAUGCUGCAGCUGCUAUUGACAACAUGAACGAAUCUGAGCUCUUUGGGAGGACUAUCCGUGUCAACCUGGCCAAGCCAAUGAGGAUCAAAGAAGGCUCCUCCCGUCCAGUCUGGUCAGAUGAUGAUUGGCUGAAGAAAUUUUCGGGAAAGACACUUGAGGAGAAUUUGGAAGAAGGGGGAGCGGUGGCAGCCCAGUCAGAGGUUCAGGAGGGGGAACCACCAGUGAAAAAAUCCAGGACCAACCCCCAGGUUUACAUGGACAUCAAGAUUGGAAAUAAACCUGCAGGUCGAUUGCAUAUUCUCUUGCGGUCAGAUAUUGUCCCGAUGACCACUGAGAAUUUCCGCUGUCUUUGCACGCACGAGAAAGGCUUCGGAUUUAAGGGAAGCAGCUUUCACCGAAUUAUCCCCCAGUUCAUGUGCCAGGCUGGAGAUUUCACCAACCACAACGGUACCGGUGGGAAGUCUAUCUAUGGGAAGAAGUUUGAUGAUGAAAACUUUAUUCUGAAGCACACAGCGCCAGGUUUGCUCUCCAUGGCCAAUUCUGGUCCCAACACUAAUGGCUCCCAGUUUUUUAUCACUUGCGACAAGACUGACUGGCUGGAUGGGAAACAUGUGGUCUUCGGAGAGGUUACUGAAGGAAUGGAUGUGAUGCGACAGAUUGAGGCUCAAGGCAGCAAAGACGGGAAACCAAAGCAAAAAGUCAUCAUCUCUGAUUGUGGUGAAUUCAUCUGAAAGUGGCCGCAAGCAGACGCUGGGUGGGAAUACCGGAUAACAGGAGAAGCCCAAGCCCAGCUUCACUUCGCUCUGGAUGAAAACCAGGAUACUUUUCUAACCACUCAGUCCAAGUCUAUUAUGUGUCCAGAUCUGUAAAACUGUUAGAGAUUUCUUUUGUACAGAAUUUUUCUUUCUAUAAAAUUCAUGCAUUUUUUACAACA